ACAACACAGCCUUUCCAACCUGUGGGAAACUCUGCCAUGUCUACAGUUUAUGCAAAGGAAGAGGUGUACAAGGAGGAAGCGUCAGAUCAGAGCAGAGACAGCUGUGAACAGACUGCUGUGAAGAGAAGGAAAAGAAGACAUAAGGAGUUUCAUCAACUGAACUUCCUGCACUUUCACUGUGAAAGCUGCACUGUGGAGGGAGAGACCGACUGUCUCAAGCAUCAAAUUAUUAUGUUUGUUCUCAUCUGGGCAACUCUGCUCUUCUCUGUUAGAGGCAGCAAUGCUGACACAGGUGCAUCAGCGCAGGAAAAACAAUACUGUCAGAAUAGAUUCUGUAUCACUCUUACUGAAGGAGAAAUAACAGCAGAGGCUGGACUCUGUGUUGUGAUACCGUGCUCUUUCACUACUCCUGAUAGCUUCACAACCCAACAUAUAGUUUGGUACAAAUGUGAACCAAGUAAACAGAGAUGUGAUAAUUCUGACGUAAUAUUCCACACAAACAAGAACAACAUAAAAGUUCAGCCUGGGUUCAAAGGACGAGUGUCACUGUUGGAGUCUGACCUGAGUCAAAAGAACUGCAGCAUCGUCAUCAAUGACCUCACUGCUUCAGAUUCUGGAUCAUAUCAACUCAGAGUUAAUGGUGUCCAGUUUCGGUAUCCAAAUGGAUUUACCUUCUCUUUUAGAGCAACUGUCUCUGUUAAAGAUCUGAGUCAGAAGCCCACAGUGAUGAUUCCUCCACUGACUGAGGGACAGCAGACCACACUGACCUGCACUGCUCCUGGUCUCUGCUCUGGAUCAGUUCCUACAAUUACCUGGAUGUGGAGAGGAACAGGAGAGAAUGACUCUCACAUUACAGGAGACAUCAUGACUGAGAAUCUGACUGCUGUCACACAGAGACACAGCUCAACUUUGACCUUUAACUCUUCAGCUGAACACCAUGGCACCGAUGUCACCUGUAAGGUCAGCUUCACAGGUGACACAACUACAGAGGAGACAGUGACUCUGAAUGUGACCUAUAUGAAGAAACCUGACAUCACUGGGGAUGCAAUUGUUAAGGAAGGUGACACUCUGAAUCUGACCUGCAGUGUUGAAAGUUUCCCUCCGUCUCUGAUCACAUGGACUAAACUUGGCCUCAACACAAACCUACAAAAUGGAAUUGAUGCUAACUUGCAGAACGACACUGAACUAUCCACACUUAUAAUCCCUAACGUGACAGCAGAACAUUCUGGACGUUACAUCUGUACAGCAAAGCAUGUGGACAGUACUCCGACUAUAUAUGUUGAUGUAACUGUGACUUGGUUUGCAAAGAUCCUAAAUGGCUCUGGAUGUGUGGCUCAGUCAACAGUUCUGACCUGUGGGUGUAUCAGUCAGGGGGUUCCCUUACCCAGCAUUAAAUGGCCGCUGAUGAAGAACCACAAUGAGUACUCUGUCAUUACCACUGUGUCGGACCACACAGUCAACAGCACCAUCACCCUAACUGUAAAAGACCACAGUAACACUGCUGUUGAGUGUGUCAGCAGCAAUGAAUAUGGAGAAGCAAAAGAAAAACUCACCAUCAUCCAAAUGAACACGCCAGAACAAGUGGGUCAAUCCAGUUUACUAAAAAUUGUUUCACGGCUGGACAUCAUCAUUGCAUUUUUGACUGGGGUACUUCUUUCAGCAACCCUUUGCUGUUUGGCAAAGAAAUGCCAUAGAGAAAAACAGAAGAGCUCUGGAAAUCUGGAUGGGACCCUGGAGAUGGUGACCACCCAAGAGGAUCCACUGAUACAUGCUGGUCAAGCAGUGGAAGAUGAUCAGACUCACCACCAAGAGGCACCAAAAGAUGGAGCUGAGGCGGUGGAGAAAGGAGCCCCUGAUCUCGAUGGUGGACCAAAAGACGCGGAGUACGCCAGCAUUGACUUCUCCGUGUUGAAAAGAAGAAGUGCCAGGGGGGCAGCAAAGAAGCAAGAGACCACAGAGACAGAGUACGCUGAAAUUAAGAGAGAGGAAAAAAUGGAAAGGCAAGACAGUGGCAGAGAGCUAGAUGAAGUGUUGGAGUGCAAAGAGGAGGAGGUUGUGAUAGCAGACGAUGAGGAGAUAAAACAUUGUGAGCCAGAGGAGGAGGAAGCGUAGGAUGCUGUGCUGUAUUCCAAUGUGAAAGAUGGAUAGAUAGAUAGAUUGAUUAGUGGAGUCACUUGAGGAUUAAGUUUCUUCUGUUCAUCAGACAUGAUUGAUUGUCAUUCUGAUGUGUAAAUGACAGUACUGUGUAAGCUUUCUACCACAGAGCAGUGAUCUUCAAAACCAAAAUUCGACCUCAGGUAAACUGAAGUAAUCAGGACACUUCACACGUCUACACUUUCUGGCUGUUCAAAUCCAUCCAUGCAACUAAAAAUGGACUCGAAGUUGCACAGAAUUUCCUUGUUGAAAUGAUAUUAUAUACCUUUAUUUAACUAAGAUAAGUACUGUAUGUGCCCAAAGUGUCCUGUGGUUUAUUCAAGUGUCCCUUCUAGAUGUCUCGUGUGCUUCUCUACUUCAGGCAAAAUGAACCCUUUUCAAAAACCCUGUUUAAGGAGGAGGUGUCUUUUUUUCAUUUUUAUUAGCUAGCAGCUUGGCUCUAUGAAUAGCAGUGUGAGUCUGUCAGUCUUACAGCUGGUUGGUCAGACCACCACUUUAGUUCAGACUGAAAUAUCUCAACUACUGAAUUGCUAUGAAAUUUUGUAAAGUCAUUCAUGAUUCUCAUAGAAGAGGGAAUCUCAUACUAAGAAGCUGUAACUUCUGACAUUCCCACUGGAUUUGCCAAACUUAGACUGCAGAAGCCUCUUAUUAGCUUCAGCUGAACUUUGGAAGUUAAUUUUUGCUCAGAAUGAGGACUGUAGGUUUUGUUCCCCAUCUCAUGAAUUGUGAUCUCUAACACCAGCCCACACAGCAGUUACAUCAUUUACUCUGUACCCACAUUUACCCAUGAUGCUCACCGUUUUUGUUUAUAAAAAUGUUUUUUAAUAUGUACAAAUUGCACUUUUAUAUGUUUUAUGUUGUGGCAAAUACACUGCUAGAAUUUGUUGUUUUUUGGAGAGGAGUGGCUCUCUUCAGGGCCUGUAUGGACAGAAGGAACAUUUUCAGCAACCAAAAACAGUUUUAAUGUACAUACAGUAUGGCGUAUUGUUUCAAGACAGACUUGAUAAAUAUGUAACUAUCCUCUGAAGUGGUGUGAAUUUGAA